UCUGAAAAAACAAUAAUGGCAUGGCAAGGUGAAAAGACUCCUGUAAAUCCUAAGAAAGAAAAAGAAAAGAAGAGAUCAGGGAAAGUACAAAGCGAAGUUGUUGUCCAUGAAUCUCUUUCCUCUGGUAUCGAAGGUUGUGAAAUUGAUCUCAAUGAAGGAGACACUGUUGCUGGAUAUAUUGGGGCAGCGGAUUCUUCACUCUUUUCAAGUCAAAAAUAUAACAGAUUCAAGGAUUGGCAGGAUAAACAUUUUCCGCUUGGUGCGAGGAAAUUUUUUGGUGGUGAAACAUCUCAAAAUCAAGUUGACGAACAAAGCAAUGUUUUAGGUGUGAUGACCUUUGAUCAUCCAACAAGUUUUGGGGGAAACUGUUCGGAUAAAAGAAUUAGACCUGAUGCUUCAGAUUAUUUUGGCGAUCUGACUGUUUUUCCGUAUCAAGCAGGACUUGCAUUCUUGCAGAACAACUCUCUUUUUCGAAAUAACCUAACACCGACACCAAAAGACUUUGCUCGAGCUGGCUUUUGUUGUGAAGGAAAUCAAAUUACUUGUACUGGAUGCGGAACACAGCACUUGUUAAAUCAUCUAGUGGGCAGACCUUCAAGAAGCACCGUUUGGCAUCGGGACAACUGUCCAUUUAGUAAUAGAAGAAGACCGACACAAGAUGACUUCGCUCGAGUUGGUUUCCAUGGUGAGGGAAAUCAAAGUACUUGUUCUAGAUGCAGUUCACAAUACUUGUUAGAUCAUUUUGUGGACAGACAUCAGCAAUCACCAGAACGGAAUGAUCUCGAUGUGAGCGGGAAAGUUAUUGAAAUAGAUGCAAAAACUGGGAAAAAUGUAACGAUUACUGAUGAAGGCAGGCAGGAGUGCCCAAAUUUUGAAAAUGGUAUUGGAUGGAUUCGACCAGUUAACCGUGGGGGUGGCAAUUCAGUUACCAAAAUACUUGACAAUGAGAAGAAGGUUCUGAGUGUUCCUGAAAUAUCCAGGAAUCCUGAGGAAAUUCAGAAACCAAAAUCUGUGAGAAAAAAAAAUGACAGAUAUCCAGAUUGUUUGAAAAAUGAACCUGUAUUGAGCAGAAAUGAGCAAUCAACGAAGAAUUCUCUUCAUUUUAGUGAUGAUUAUCUGGAAAGCUUGGGAUCGAAGAAUAUUCUCAGUGCAAAGCAAUGUGAUGAUGGUGAAAUUGCACAUAAAGAAGCAGAUGCCCUCCCCCCAUCUUUUAGGAAAAAGUAUAUGGACCCAAAACAUGAACCACCUGAAAUACGGCCUCAACAAAAUAGACGAAAAAAUAAUGUUGUUGAUGGUACAAGCAGACAUAAAGAAUUACGAAAUGACAAAGAUGAAGAAGAAAUCCCAAUCCAAAAAGAAACACCUGACGCUGAUGUCAAUAUUGGAAAUGAAGCAUUGGAAAAUGGAAUUGAUGAAAAUGGACAAAUGAAUUUUGACUUCGACAAACAACAGACUAAAGAACCUGGCAAUGAAAGCUUCUCAUCAAAUUGCCCAAAUGAAAAUGAUCAGAUUGGCAAUGUAAUCAAGGAUACAAUACCCGAAGCUAUCGACAUCCUCCAAGACCAGACUAGGGAAACUGACCAUGUAGACAUCUCAUCAAGUGGAUUAAACAAAAAUGAUCAUAUGGGAAAUGUAACCAAGGAUAUUAUACCCGAAGAAGCUGACAUCACCCAACCCCAGACUAAGGAAACUAGAAAUGAAGAAAUCUCACCAAGUAAACCGGAACAUAUACCUGAGUUAUUUGCAACUAAUGACCUUAUUGACGAUAGAGCAAAGGACACUGUAUUAGGAGCCACCGAUGACCCUCCAGAGUCAACUGAUGAAUUCUGUGAAGAAAAGCUGAUUGUUAAUUUACCUUCAGUUGUAGAUGUUGUUGAUGGCAUGGGAAAUACACCUGACAAAUUUCCAGAUCCUAUCCCUGACAAUGAAAUAAAUAUUAUCUUUAACAAUGAUGAAUUGUCUCUUCAAGAACGCAUGGUCGAUCAACUUCAAUCUCUGGAAAUUGAAACUCCAGCUCCUGGAAAGAAGAGCAAAGAAAAUUGUGAUGAAGAAGGUGAAGAAAUCGGUGCUUGUAAUGCAACAAUGGGUAAUAGUGGGGAUGGUUAUGGUGGGGAGAACCAAGAUAGCUGUGAUGAUGACUAUACUGAUACAGAAGAUGUGGACGGGAUUACAAGCUUGAAGAGACUCUUCAAAAAGUCUAAAGAUUUCAGUAGUGAUGAUGAGACUGUGGAAACAGAGGCGGAAUUCAUAAAGCAGAAAGCUGAUGGGAAGUUGUUCACUCCUCCAACUUCAGAUGUCGUGGUACCAAAUUAUCAAGGUAUCUAUGAUUCUAGAACCACCUACAAUCAAAGCCUGGAAUCUUUUCUACAUAAUCGUAAUGUUCGGGAAAAUCCAAGAAUACCAAUCGAUGAUCUUGCUAGGAAUAGAUACAUACUAACUGGAGAUAAUGCAACUUGCAUGGGAUGCAACACUCGUCAUAGCAUCCGUGAUAUAGAAGGCAGACCUUCGAGAAACAUUGUUUGGCAUCAAGACAAUUGUCCCUUCGCGAAUAGAAGAAGACCCUGUGCCGACUGCUCCUCAACUUUUGUUGAGGAUGAUGGUCUUGAGUAUUGUACUCAAUGUCGGCAACCGAUUCGAAGGAUUCGUGCAACAUCUGACUUAUUGGCUCAUCUUCCCCAGAAUCUGGAACCUCCUGAUCCAAGUGGGAGAACCGUCAAUUCAUGUGUCAUUUGUCACAGAGAUAUUCAGUAUCGUCAUAACCAAGAUGUCUGCGUGGUUUGUGGAGGCAGGAUUUGUCGCAGAUGUGUAAGAAGAGAGGAGCGUCAUUUUCAUUGACUUUUGUAGCUACGAAUACAGACUUUUCUUUUGAUUUUUUUUGUCUGUGUAGAUUCAAUUCGUCAGUCUGCUUUCGUUGUUUGAAGUAAUUAUUUGAUUGGGCUUUUCUGUACAGUUUUAAUGUUGUUUUGAUGUUUGGUGCUACGGAAAAACUUUAAUUAACUCUAUUGAAUGAUUGAUCAAUAUGAUGAUCAAUCUAUGGACACUUUAAAAACAUGAUUUUGUCGGUUUGUCUGUUUUCGUUAUAUAUUGUGGUAUAACAGAUUCAGAUAUUUCAUUUCUGUCGUGCAUGAAAUAUUGUACUGACACAAGUAAUCAAAAAAAUGAAUUGAAAUCAAAAAGAUCAAUUGAAACAAAGAGACAAACAAUAUUUCCGUAAUUGACGAGGGGCGCGAAAGACUACAAAAGUCAUUCUGUCACCAACACAGUGUUGGCUGACUUCAGCAGCAGAUGACGUCAAACAAAUGUUGAAUAAAAAUUUUUUUUAACGAAAUAGAGAAUGCAAUUUGGCAAAUACAAAUCAAAUCAGAAUAUCAUAUUCGCAAAAGUGAUAAAGAUACAUUCGAAUCAGGAACUCUCUCUCUAGUUUUGCUAUUUUUAGGAAUAUUUUUUGACUAAAUUAUUCAAAAACAACUAACAAAUAUUUAUAAACAGCUUCACGCCCCCCUUCGCACCUUGGCCAUGUCCAAAUGUGGUAUUGUAUACCCUCUCUUCUCCACUUGUGGGCACACCGCAUCGUUUGAGAACAAGUUGUUCACAUUUUCAAUGGUUAAAUUUGAGCAUCUUGGAAUGGCUAUGCUCUGAAUUGCAGUCUGAAUAAGACAAGCAUUUAAUGAAACCAAACUCCUGAGAUAGGUUUGAUUAAUUAAAAAAAAUAAAGGAUGCUUCGGUUGUUUGUUGUCAGUUGUACAUAUUAUUUUUGUCGUGGUUAUAAGCUUGUCAUGUCUGAUUUCUUGUAUUUUGUGUAUUCUUCGAUGUUUGGUGUUUUAAUUUGAUCAAAAAUAAAUGUGUUACCCUCAAAAAUUAUGUUGAGUAGAUGAGGGUUACAGCAUUUAUAUUUUAUCAAUUAUUUGUGAAUUGCUUUUUGAUGGCUGUAAAUUCUUGAAAUUUAGCCUGUAACCCUUAUUUACUAUUAUGUUUAUAAGGAAUGCAUUAUUGUUGUAAUUGAUUUUGCUUGACAACUUUCUGCUUUGCACGUUGGUCAUGUCCAACUGUUGAAUCGUUCUCGUGAGGCUUCAUCCACUUCAUAUUAUUUUGUAGGAUAUCACCAUUCCGAACUGAACAGUUACCUGGACUGGAGUCUCUGUUUCAACAUAUGACUGAACUUUCAUAUCAGCUUUCCUCUCCAUGUAGCAAAUAUACUGAACCAAUACUAAAAUUUUUAAGCGACACAAACGCUUUAGGUGCUAAUUCAUGCACAUUUUUUCUCGGCCAUGUUGACUUAUUUUAAAUUAUGGAUCUGUCAUAACCCAUCGUGGUCAUAUUCUAGUACAUUGUCCAUUGAACUUGGAAUAUUGACCAAUUUUUGUCCAAGUAAUGAGACUAAUAAAUAGAGGCACAAUAACCCAUUAGAGCAAAUGUUUUAGGCUUGUUUUUGAAUAGAAACGAAAAGCUAUAUAUAGUAUUGUUUUUUACAUAUAGGUAGACAUAUUUCCUUAUCAUUACUUGGUCAAAAUUAAGGUGGUCAUUUCUUAAGGUUCAAUAUACAUUUGUAUUCAAACCCACUGAAGCAUUAUAUUCACAGUAGCUAAUCCACUUUUUAGUAGUUACCAUAAUUUAAACAAGGAUGCAACUACAUCUGGAGUUUAACUUGCAUAAUACCUGUUUUGUAUAGUGCCUCAUAGAUAUUUUGAUUGGGCAGGAGGUUUUCUGUAAGAUUAUCAUUUCUGAUUUUGCACCAGGCUUUCUUUAUGCAAAUUUUUAAAAAAAAUGUCCACAGUGGAAAUUGUAGUUGUAUUACAUCCGUCUCCGAGCCAUUUAGAAUAUUCAGAAACUCAAAAACAAAAUUUGACUUCCAAAACUUCAUAGGCAUACCCCUUUACCAUAAGUGUACUUAAACCUCAAUGCAGGGAACAUUGAAUUUGAAAAUUCAUUUGUGUGCUGGACUGUAGUCCAAAAUCCAUACAUGGUGAUAAUUUUUGAGGCUUGCUUAGCUUAACUGUAUUCUUUGUUUUUGUGUGACAGA